UUCCCUUUACCUUAUGUGUUCUUUCGUCCCUCAAAACUCACUCAGGAAAUCAGUGUCAAUUUUGUCAUAUCCUCUCAUAUUAAACCAUUCUUGUGCUCUUUAGAGUUUGUUAAAGGUGCUCAGCUUAUGAUUUCAGACGUCAUUCGACCGAAACACUACCUCCAAUUUGUCUUGAAGUACUUGGAAAUGGAUGGAGAUUUAUCAGUUUCGCGAAGUCGCUCACGUUUGCCUUGGGGCAUACAGGUUCCUGGAGACGAUUCCCAGACUAUCUAUGUAUGGUUAGAUGCUCUCGUUAAUUACCUUGCAGUGGUCAAAUAUCCGUCAGAAAUGACAACUUGGCCACCUUCAUGGCAGAUACUUGGAAAAGAUAUUUUGAACGUUGGUAACGUUGUCGAUCCAUAUGAGGCCAUGGACUCAUAUACAGCCGAAGGUCUACGCUACUUUCUCUUGAAACAAGGAUUACCUCAUGGAGACUCCAAUAAUGCCCUUGCCGUUUUUUUUUUGCUGUAUGCUUACCCGUCUUGCUUUAGCGAGAGUAUUUUUCUACCACUUUGUUGCAGCCACUUUAAUAUACACUUAUUUCCAGAGAACACUGCCCUUCUUUAUGAUGAUCUAUAUUUUUACAAAGCAAUCGAAGGAAUUCUGGCAGUAGUGAAAUCCGCUAACGGUUUGUUCCAGCUAGCUCAACCAUGGAAGUUACCUGCGGGACCAAAGUUAGAUUCCGUGUUGUAUCUUAGCUAUGAGACAGUCCGAGUAGCGGCUUUACUACUCAUGCCAAUAGUUCCGUCACUGGCUGACCAUGCUUUGACAAGGCUAAGGAUCCCUCUUGAUGAGCGACGAGUGGAAACAGCCGUUUUUACUACCGUGAAUGGAGGCCAUCACUUGGGUCCGGAUAAUGGACCUUUGCUUCUGCGGAUCAGUGAACGCAAAGCUGCAAAUGCUCAUGGAUGA